AUGGAUUUCGGUUUCUUAGGGAAGAAAGCUCCAACAAAUCCUAUUACCGCCGGCUUUGGUUCCAGCUUCUUUACAGGAACAUCAAAUUUUCUUAGCUCAGUUUCUGCCAAAAAGGACGGCAUAUUUAGUGACCUUUCCAACAAAGUUGAUUCUUUAAUAAAAGGUGAAGAAGUACCAUCAGCACCCCCGCCGGCUUUCAACAGGAAUCCACCAAGAAACGUACCACCACAGCAUCCUACACCUCAAGGGCAACAACGUCCUUUAGGUUUUCCCCCUGUACUUCCAGGCAACCAGCCACGGGGUAUCACUCCUCAACAAGGGUUUCCUCCUGUAUUGCCUGAUCCCAAACUUGCUAGGCAACAAGGACUUCACACACCUAGAAUCGGUGUCCCAGUAGCACUGAAAUCAACCCCUCCACCAACAACUGGUGUUCCACAUAAAGUGCCCGAAAAAACAGAACCUCUUUCUUCUCGAAGAGAUUUAAGAGAACAUAAUGGCAGUGGCACCGCCCAAGAUGAUAGUUUACGAGAUACUCUGCAAGAAUCUCGAUUAGGCAGCUCUGGUCAACCGAAACUUGCACAAAAACCCGGACAGUCAACCGGAGAAAGAUAUCCAGGCCAGAAGCCCACGGAAAGACCCAUCCCAAAAACUGCUGCUGAGAGACAAAGUCAACGGUCGUCUCCUUCUGCUGAACAAGGACAAAGGUCAUCUCCCACUCCAGCCGAAAGGCAAAAGCCAGGAGAACGUCGUGGUCAAAGACCAGGAGGUCCGAGUGAUCGUCCAACUGCUCCUGGUCGAAAAACACCCCAACCUCAGUCAGAACGGCAACCACAAAAAACUCCAAGUGACAGACAAAGAGCCUCUCCCCAGCCAACAGAACGUCACAGUUCCAGAUCUUCGCCAACGCAAAGAUCAAAACCAGAGCCAGUUGAACGUCGAUUAUCACGAUCUGGAAAAGACUUAAGUAUCACUGAACGAGGACAGGAUCAACACGAACGCCUCAGAGAUCAAAGACCAGGUCAGGAAUCAGUAACUCGUCGCACAUCAAGAGGAAGUCAGGAACUUACUGAACGCCAUAGGUCUGGACAAGAGCCAGUUGACCACCGUGGUCAAAGAGCUAGCCAAGAAUCAGUGGAUAGAUAUGGACCUAAAGGUCAAGAGAUCUCAGACCGCCAAAGGCCUGGUCAGGACUCUCUUGAUCACUCGGGCAGACACCCGCAGAGGUCGGGUAUAGACCCAGCUGAUCGACACAGAUCAGCCACUGAUUUAUCUGAUCCACACAAAUCAAGCUUUGGUGAUCCUCGUGAUCCACGAUAUCAAGAAGCUGCUGAACUUAGCCAGCGCGCUGCUGGGCAACCGCGAACUGGUCCUGAACCAGCACAGCGCCGUAGCCAGCGGUCAUCUCCCAUACCUGCCCAACGAAGAAGUCAAAGAUCAUCGCCCGAACCACCACAACGACGCGGCCAAAGAAUAGACCAAGAUUACCACGAUUCAAUAGGUUCAAAGACAACUCCAUCGCUCAGAAGUCAGAGGUCAACUGAACUUCAUAGUCAGCGAUCUAUACAAGAUGGUCAUAGGUUAGACAGAGACUCGAUCGAACGCUACAGCCAGAGAUCUAUUGAUGAUCAAUCAGAUAGAUAUGGACAAAAAUUAGAUCGAGAGUCUAUAGAACGCCAUAGUCAAAGAUCAUUUGAUGAACCUAUUUCACGGCAACCCGCUCAAAGAACAGCACCUCCACUUGCAUCUCAGCGUGGUCAAAGAUCGGGUUCAGAUUACUAUGAACAGCAUUCAUCUCCGGAACCUGCUGACCGACCUAGAGUUUCUCGGCAAACUCAGAGGGUAACUGAUGAUCCAGAACGCAGUGUCCUUCGGUCGCCUUCAUCAGAGGCUGAAUACUACCACAGUCACAGAGCAGCACCCCCAUUACCUGAUAAACAUACACAGAAGGUAGCACCUGAACCAGCCAGAAGGCAAACACAAAGGGCGGACAGAGAAUCAGAUUAUUACCGCCACAGACCGGAUCACGACAUUGCAAAACCAACUCCUAUUCCUGCUGACAGACACAGAUCUGCUUUCCAGCCUAUUGACCGGCCCGGUCGUAGAUCAGCACCACGGUUAGGAGAAUACACAGAAAGGGAGUUGAGUGACCGCCAACGGGUCACCAGUGGCAGAUUAUCGGAACCCUCUGAGCGGAUACUUCGAUCCCCUUCAUCAGAAGAACUUGAUAGAGAGAUGUCUGAUAAGCGGUCAGGGAAGUUUGCCUCUGGGCGUCGCAGGUCGAGCACCGUAGAUGAAAUGCUAUUCGACGAUUAUGUUGAACCACCUGAGGAACAAACCGAAGCCCCUUCGUUGGAGGCUGCAGAGACAGCGAGCAGACGACGAACGAUGAUGCCUAUGGGAGACCUGAUUUCGUUUGAUGAGGAAGAUCAGCGGGCAUAUAAUGAAAGGCGUCAUAAACCGACCGCUGCCAAGCGAAAAACCGACCGUCGCCGAGUGAGUCCCGAUUCUUCUGACGGAGGUUACGGCGGAGAGGCCGGCCGACAUUCGAGCAUCGAUUCAUCUGGAGAUGAAUUUGGUGGAGAACCUUACCACCGUUCUCUGUCUAUGGAAUCGGAACAGUCCUGGGACUCUACCUAUAGCAUUGAAAGCCAACCUGACGACAUCACUCUCGAGUGCAUGGAGUUUAUGAAGAUGUUUGUGGAGAAAAUCUUCUUGUUGAAGUAA